AUGGCUAUUGCUCUCGUCUUCUGUACUGUCGGCAUGUUCGUCUUCGGAUACACGCUCUCCGUCGGCUCCCCUGGUCCGCUGUGUGCAUUCUUCCAGGGUGUCAUGAUGGUCGGCGUCCUCAUUGGAAUCUUCUCGACGCUUUCCUACGCUCUUGACGCCUUCCGCAGCCAGUCGAACGAUAUCUUCAUCAUGAACAUGCUAUUCAAGAACUUCAUGUUCUACGGCUUGUCCAACUUCGCCAACAACUGGGUCGCUGCCAAAGGCCCGCAGGAAAUCAUGUUCACCUUCGGUGGGACGUCGGCUUUCAUGUGUCUGAUGGCAAUACCGACCUAUAUCUAUGGUAAGCGGAUGAGGAGCUGGUGGGCAAGGCACGAUUUGUUUGUGAAGUGGGGAAUGCAGACGACCGGUGCGGCCAGUGAGAUGGGUUAA